GGAACAUCUCACUUCGGAUCCCCUUUUUUUCCGCUCCCGCACAGUUAUUUCCACUUGGGCACGAGUGGGAGCGCAGUGCUGGAGAGAGGGGGUCGGCACCGAGCCCGUGAUAGUGGGGCUGCCUUCUCGUGCCGGGCGUAAGAGAGCACGCGUCCCGCCGUCGAAAGGACACAUACUUCACAGAAAUCAUCUGGAAGCUCGGAGGAAUGGAGCAGACCUACGGGGAGGUGAACCAGCUCGGGGGGGUGUUUGUGAACGGUCGACCCCUUCCCAACGCCAUCCGCCUCCGCAUCGUGGAACUGGCCCAGCUCGGGAUUCGACCCUGCGACAUCAGCAGGCAGCUGCGGGUCUCCCACGGCUGCGUGAGCAAGAUCCUGGCCCGCUACAACGAGACGGGCUCCAUCCUGCCCGGAGCCAUCGGGGGGAGUAAGCCGCGGGUGACCACCCCCAACGUGGUGAAGAACAUCAGGGAGUACAAACAGAACGACCCGGGCAUUUUCGCGUGGGAGAUCCGGGACCGGCUGCUCGCGGACGGGGUGUGUGACAAGUACAACGUGCCCUCGGUGAGCUCCAUCAGCCGCAUCCUGCGGAACAAGAUCGGGAACCUGUCGCAGCCCACGCAGCACGAGAGCGCCAAGCAGGCCCACGCGCAGGCCGCCGCGCUGCCCUACAACCACAUCUACCCGUACUCGUACCCGAACGCCAUGUCGCCCCCCGGGGCCAAGAUGGGCAACCCCCACGGGGUGCCCGUCACCGGGGGGCACGUGAGCAUCUCGAGAGCCUGGCCCUCCCCCCACACCGUCAGCAACAUCCUGGGAAUCAGAGCCUUCAUGGAUCCCACAGCAGCAAUCGCCGGGCCCGAUGGGUACACCCCGAAGAUGGAGGACUGGACCAGUAUGGGGAGGACAGCGUUUCCACCUCCGCACGCUGUCAACGGGAUGGACAAAAGCGCGAUCGACAGCGACGUCAAGUACCCGCAGCCGUCUUGCACCCUCUCGAGCUACGUCCCGGCCUGCGCCUACUCCCCCUCUAACCAGUACGGGGUCUACAGCGGCCCGCCGGGGGGCUACGUGAGUCCCGGGCACCACUGGCAGUCCCAGAGCGCGAGUCUGUCGCACGCGGGCGGCGGCGGCGUGACGAUGCACGCGGGAGAGAUCCACGCUCCAAUGGUGUUCAAACACCCACCGCGAGACGAAGACAGGAAGCCCCCCAGCCCCUUGAUCAAGCAGCAGCAACAGCAGCAGCACGAGGCGCUGAGCAGCGUGCACGGACUCUCUCUUUCUACCUCAUCGUCGUAACGGCGAGCAGCGACGCGCGGCAGCACCGGGAACUGUUAACGCUUUAUGAUGUGCAGCGCAGCCCUUCUGUAGUUGAGCGCAUUUCAAGGAUUCAACCAGUAAGUGAAAAGCACUAUAUUUAUGACUUGCAAGCUGAAGUGUGGACCGUGGGCAGCUGUUCGGACACACGUGCAUACUGUACAACAUACUGUACAGCAUACUGUACAACAAUGGCCUUCCAAGGCUGCAUCGAGCGAAAGGAAUGUACAAUUAUGGACAGGAUGUAUAACUGUACUGUAGUCUUCUCUCCUCCGUCUGCGGUGUUGGUGGUGGCUGGUUGCCUUACCUUUCCAUUACACGUGUGCAUGUAUCUUCUACAAAGUUCAGAUCCCAAAUGCAAAAAAAGAAA